UAAUCUAAUUACAGCAAUUCAAACUCAUCUAACGACACAAACAACUACAGGAGUCACAGUUGGUAUAGAAACUCGAAUAGAUCUACUGAAAAGGGAAAUAAUUAAAGAGAUACAUGGUCAAAAUCAACCGGCGCAACAAAUGUAUGACGAAAUGUAUGAAUAUAUAGACAACUCGAAUCAACCGAUAACGCCGAUCAACGCUUUUGAUAAGAGAAAAUUGGAUGAAAGGUAUAAAUUACCAGAAUUAAAAAGUACGACGACUGAGAAGUUUAUAGCUAGUGAUUCGGAACAUGUUGAGUAUAAGCCUAUGCCUAUACUUAAACCUAAGCCAAAGACACUACGCCAUCAUGCAAAACGCGCCCGUGUAUCAAACGCACAGCGCCCUCUAGACAUAUUUUAUAGAAAAAUGACGUUUGACAAUGAUGAGCGGAAUAGACCGCAAAAAUGGACACAUUGUUUAGAUGUCAUAACUCCGUAUUUGAAUGGGUAUGAUGAUAAUGAAACGGUAAUUAAAAAGAUUGAUGCGUCCAGCCGUUAUAUUAGGAAGCUGUCCCACUUACUAAGCUUCAAUGCAACUGGUUCUACUACCAGCAAUAUUCAGUCCACACUGUACAAAAUUAGCAAACUGCAACUGAAGAUAUUUCAAUGGGAUGUAUCGGCCAUUCGAAAGGUUCUACGCGUCAUAAUUAAGAAUGGAACACAUGAUUUUAGAGGUUUGAAAUACGGUCUGAAAGGAUUAUUCGCCAACUGGAGACUAGAUCUAUCAAAUGUGGAUACAUUUCUCAAACAAUCAAAGAUAUACCGACCACCCUGCUUGCAGGUAUCUGAAGAUUAUGUUACAACGACGUCGACGGUACGGAGCACAGUUUCCAAAACAGAAGACAAUAGCAGCUAAUUCAAACAGUUUUUAACACAAAUUCGAACUUUUCUCGAUAUAA